CCACAUCCCCCCCGUAUUGCAAAGACUCUGCUUUCCCGUUCGCUAAAUUCAGGAGCUUUUCGAACCCUGCCGUUUGAAAAGUCGGGAACAUUUCGAUCCGAUGCGGAAGGUUCGAUGUCCUGAGUAGAAACCUUCAGUACCUCUGUCGUCCCCGUCGACACUAGCGCACCGGUGAGAUUGGGAACUACCCUUGGAGAAUGGACGUAUCGAACUCCUGAGAAGAAAUUAGUGUUCACGCAGAGAAAGCUCUGAAUGGUUUUUGUAUCAGGAGUGGGCGUGCGUCAUUGUCAGUGUUAUGCUUUUCCAGAAUCGAAGCCCUGUUGUGGUCGGUCGCUGGAGAAGGUCAGUGGAGCGUUGAGAGGGUGGCAGGGGCAGGGGCAGGUCUAUCUUACGAAGACAGCGUUCGGGGGUUUCAUUGCAGGCUCUGGAUUCCAGUAUGGCGAGGAGGAAGAUGAAGUUUUGAGCAGGCGUCAAGCUCUACUGUUGUUAGAGAAGUUUGAGAUAACGGGAAAGUCGAUACUGAGCCAGUGAGCAGGACAAGGGAUUUGUAAUAACAGGCAGAAAAAAUGAGUGUCGUGGGAAAGGAAUCGAUGCAAACAAUUGCGCAGUCAAUUGGUAUCUCAAAUUUGAGUGAUGAAGUUGCCGCUGCCCUUGCCCCAGAUGUGGAGUAUCGGAUGCGAGAGAUUAUGCAGAUGAUUGGAUAAACUUCAGAGAGAAGAAAUCAGUAACUGAAGCCAUAAAAUGCAUGCGUCAUUCUAAACGUUCAAUCUUGACCACGGACGAUGUUAACAGUGCUCUCAGCUUGCGGAACGUUGAGCCGCUUUAUGGGUUCGCAUCUGGAGAUCCUUUGCGUUACAGAAGAGCUUUGGGUCAUGCCGAUUUGUAUUACAUAGAGGACCGAGAGUUGGACUUUAAGGAGAUAAUCGAUGUGCCUUUUCCGAAGGCACCUUUAGACACAUCCGUUGUGGCCCACUGGCUUGCCGUAGAGGGUGUGCAACCCGCUAUACCUGAGAAUGCACCCAUUGAACCAAUUACAGUGCCCCCUGAGGCAAAGAAGGUGGACGGUCAAGCAAUAGUUCGUAAGGAGGAAGACGCGUUGGUUGAAAUCAAGCCCCCAGUGAAACAUGUGCUAUCUCGAGAGCUUCAGCUCUACUUUGAAAAGAUUACGGAGCAUAUAGUAUCUGGAUCAAAUCCAGGGCUAGUGAGGGACUGCUUGGUGAGCCUGUCUACGGAUUCUGGCCUUCAUCCGUUGGUUCCUUAUUUUACCCAAUUCAUAGCAGACGAGGUUGCAAGCAGCCUUGAUAAUUUUGCCCUGCUGUUUUCCUUAAUGCGGGUUGUACAAAGUUUGCUUCUCAAUCCACAUAUUCACAUCGAGCCUUAUCUUCAUCAGUUGAUGCCCUCUGUUAUCACAUGCCUAGUGGCCAAACGUAUAGGCGAUAAGGCCUUGGAGAAUCAUUGGGAGCUUCGAGACUUCACGGCUAGUAUUGUCGCCUUUAUUUGCAAAAGGUUUGGUCAUGCAUAUCAAAAUCUUCAGCAAAGAGUAACUCGCACCCUCGUGCAUGCCUUUCUGGAUCCCAAACGUGCUAUGACCCAACAUUACGGGGCCAUAACUGGCCUCUCUGUUCUAGGUUUGCGAGUGGUGCAGUUACUGAUCCUCCCCAAUCUUCCUCCCUACCUCCAGCUGCUAGCACCGGAACUAAAUUUUGAAUCUCAGCCAAAUGAAAUGAAGAGAUAUGAGGCUUGGAAGGUCUACGGUGCAUUGCAGCUGGGCGCAGGAAAAUGGUUGUACCACAAUUUGAAAUCACAUCCAGAGUUUUUCUCCGCACCUGGGAAAUCAACUACGAAAGCUCCCCCGAAAGCAGUGACAACUUUUCAAGAAUCACAGGCCUCGGUGAACGGUUUGGCAUCACCCUUGACGACCAGUCCCUCGAGGAAAAGAGUUGCCGCGCCAGAUGUGGCUAAUCAGAGCUCACAGAAGAAAUUUGCGGUGGAUGGUGCUGCUGAUGUGUCUUCACUCAGUUCAACUAUUACGGACAAUGUUGAAGCGGAAGCAACUGAUCUGUCGGUAAGAACUGUUGAUCAAGGAGCUGAUGGUAGCAAAGGAAGAUUACCAAACAGGAAGUCCAAUCCUUUGGCUGAGGCAUGGAAGGAUGAUGCAGAUAUAGGUGGCCUUUUUGCCUCAUUGAUAGAGAGUUUUGGGGAUGGAAUGCUCCCUUUUAUACCAACAAGAGAAUUAUGCAUGUUCAUAUAAGUUGCUGUUAAAUACAUAUUUCCAA